GCCAUUUACCGCAUCGUGUGUGCUGGAAUCAGACAGGAUGCGGGGCGGGGAUCUGGAAAGUGGCUGGUAGGCCUUGCUGGAGAUGGACAGCAGGAUUCCUUAUGAUGACUACCCGGUGGUUUUCCUGCCUGCCUAUGAGAAUCCCCCAGCAUGGAUUCCUCCUCAUGAGAGGGUAUACCACCCAGACUACAACAAUGAGUUGACCCAGUUUCUGCCCCGAAUCGUCAUACUGAAGAAACCCCCUGGAGCUCAGUUGGGAUUUAACAUCCGAGGAGGAAAGGCCUCCCAGCUAGGCAUCUUCAUCUCCAAGGUGAUUCCUGACUCUGAUGCCCAUCGAGCAGGACUUCAGGAAGGGGACCAAGUCCUAGCUGUGAAUGAUGUGGAUUUCCAAGAUAUUGAGCACAGCAAGGCUGUUGAGAUCCUGAAGACAGCCCGCGAAAUCAGCAUGCGUGUCCGCUUCUUUCCCUACAAUUAUCAUCGCCAAAAAGAGAGGACUGUGCACUAGAGAGUUGCAACCCACAGCCUUCCACAUGGAAUCUUCUAGGAUAGGCUGGCUAGACCUCAGGGAAGCCACUUGGGAAACUCUGCUCUCAGCCCUGCCCUGGCAUAGUGGAGUGGGGAGGAUGGGGAGACAGUGAUGCCCUGCACUGAGCUAGCUAGCCAACUGCAUUACCCAAACUGUACUGCACUUUUAGUUCCCUAGUUUUCUGGGUGAGCUUCAUUCCCUGAGAGGAGAAGAGUGAUGAUGUCUAAGUAUAGCCUAACCUGUGGAAAACCCUGCUAGAAAAGACAAUUGACAUGUAUUGAAUACCAUGUGCUAGGCAAUUAUACAUAUGUCAUAUCAUUUUCAUUAGAGUAUACAAAUGAGUAGAAAAAGGAAUCUUGGGGACCUUCUAUCUUAUCUGCCUGGCCAUCUCAUCCCAUCCUUACACUACCAGUCUCAUACCCUUCAGAGACUCCAGUGGGACCCUGUUUUGACCCCCUCCCUCUUCCUAUCCUCUCCCCAAAAAAGUAAAAUGCAAUGCUGAGGAAAUGUUGGUGUGACUCUUGGAUGAUACUGAUUGGGUGUGAAAUGCUAUUGAGGCAAAAAUAAAAGCUCUUCCCAAGAGAGGAGCCACUGGAA